AUGUCACAGCCUGACGCUUUUGGUGGACGUGAAUUGUAUAACAGAUUAGAAUCUCAAUUCUACACACAUCUCAUUGAACUUCGUGAUGCUUGCAGUAAAUUCAUAAAUAAAAAUGCUAUUAUCGAAGCAAGUGGUACCAGUACCAAAUCAGCCGAACUUUUGGCUCGAUACUCUGAUACAGUUCUAAAAACAAGGAAAGUUAUCGACGAUGCCGAUAUGGCAAAGCCGUUGAAAGAAAUUAUGGUUGUUUUCAAUUACAUCAACGAUAAAGAUGCAUUCCAAAAUUUCUAUUGGAGAUUAUUAGCUGAACGACUCGUGUAUGAGUGGAGUGCAUCGAUUGAUUACGAAAAGAUGAUGAUCACAGAACUCAAAGUAAAAUGUGGUUUUUUCUACACGUCAAAAUUACAGAAAAUGAUUGAAGAUAUGGAUAUCCAAGAGAGUUUACGUGCACAAUAUCGACAAUAUUGUGUUGAAAACCGAUUGAGAAAUACAAGUAUGCGCAAAUAA